AUCCCUGGAGCUAUGCAGGGGCACUUGGCAUUAGUGCUUUGCAUGGUUUUACAGGCCAUCGGAGCAUUUCCGUCAUGUGACCCCGACCCCUGUAGGAAUGGUGCAGUGUGUACCACAGUUUACUAUGGACAGUCCUUAUGCAGUUGUGGAGAACAGUUCAUUGGUGAAUACUGUCAACAUGAUAAUCCUUGCUGGGGGUCCAAUCUCUGUCUUAAUAACGGAACUUGUAUUGUCAUCCAAGACAACAACUUUAGGCCUGAAUGUAAUUGUAAAAUAGGGUUUUCUGGAUCUCUGUGUGAGUUUGAGGAUCCAGAGAGUGCAUGCUACAGUCAUCCUUGUCAGAAUGGUGGAACGUGUGAACUUGUCAACAGCCUUACAGAAUUUGUGUGUCACUGUGUCAUAGGAAAUAGAGGGAAGUAUUGUGAGUUAACAGAUCACUGUGCAUCACAGCCAUGUCGCAAUGGAGGGACAUGCCAUGCCCUUGAAGAUGGCUACCGGUGCAAUUGUCCGAUUGGUUUUACUGGACCGGGGUGUCUUGUUGAUAUGGAUGAGUGUGCCAAAAACCCAGGAAUGUGUCUCCACGGUGGGAAAUGUGACAACACUUACGGAGGAUAUAGCUGUAACUGCCCUAUUAAGUACACUGGGAAGCACUGUGAGAGUCUGUUCAUCCCUUGUACCCCAAGUCCAUGUGAGAAUGAGGGCACCUGCUUGGCCACCAGUGAUUACACCUACCAGUGUCUGUGUCGCACAGGUUUCCAUGGCAUUCACUGUCAAGUGAAUAAUGACGACUGCUCGAACAGUAACUGUAGCAAUGGGUCAACGUGUAGGGAUGGAGUCAACUCGUACACCUGUGAUUGCCCACCUACUCACACAGGAACUUUCUGUGAAACAGAUGUGAAUGAAUGCUUAGAAUUUCCUGGAAUAUGUAAGAAUGGUGCUACCUGUAUGAACACCCCUGACUUUGAUUAUACUUGUAUCUGUGUCAACGGCUGGACAAGUAAGGACUGUAGUGUCAACAUCGAUGACUGUCAGACCCAGCCAUGUCUUCACAACGGAACUUGUCAUGAUCAUGUUGGCUACUUUACAUGUACCUGUCCACCCGACAAAACAGGUCUUCGUUGUCACAUGAAUAACGCGUGUGAGUCGAACCCGUGUCAGAACAAUGCUAUCUGUGAGGCUUCCCCUAUGAAUGGUCAGUACCGCUGUACCUGUAGUCAAGGAUGGACUGGUCCCACCUGUGAAACUGACCUCAAUGAGUGUAAAGAUGCGGCUUUGGUCAUCUGUGAGCAUGGUGGCACUUGUCAGAACACCCAAGGCAGCUACUACUGCGACUGUCGCCAGGGAUUCAGCGGCCCCUUGUGUGAGGAAAACAUCAAUGAAUGUGUGUCCAACCCCUGUAAGAAUGAUGGCACAUGUCUUGAUAAACCAGGAAGCUACAUCUGCCUAUGCUUGGCUGGAUUUGCUGGUUCUAACUGUGAGGAAGAGAUAGAUGAGUGUUCCACAGACCCCUGUCGAAAUGGUGGGACCUGUGAGGACCAGGUUAACAAGUUUCGCUGCUUCUGUCCAGCAGGGUUUACUGGUACCACCUGCAGCCUCAACAUUGACGAAUGCCUGAGUAACCCAUGCGUCAACGGGGCCAUUUGUAAUGACACCAUUGACGGAUAUAUCUGCAACUGUUUGCAUGGAUUUACUGGCAGUCGAUGUGAACAAGACAUUAAUGAAUGUGAAGGCAUUAAUUGUCACAAUGGUGACUGUGUGGAUCUCCAAGGUGACUACCGAUGUGACUGUCACCGUGGCUACACUGGAAAACACUGUGAUCUGGACAUCAAUGAGUGUGAUGCCAAUCCUUGUCAGUAUGGUGGAACCUGUGUCCAGCUCAAAGAUGGAGGCGGGUAUGACUGCCAGUGUCCACUAGGAACCUCAGGUAUGAACUGUGAGAAGAACCAUAAUGAAUGUUCUAACAAUCCCUGUUUCAAUGAUGGCAUCUGUGAUGAUGGGAUCAACACCUAUUCCUGUACCUGUGAACCAGGGUAUACAGGGAAAAACUGUGAGACAAAUAUUGAUGAGUGUGCUUCCAAUCCAUGUCACAACUCUGGCAAGUGUGUGGACGGUAUAAAUGGGUUCCGCUGUAACUGCCCGCCAGGAUACUAUGAUGAACAGUGUUUGUCUAAUAUUGACGAGUGUACCAGUAGUCCUUGUCUCAAUGGUGGUCAGUGCAAGGAUGGAGUCAACAGAUUUGACUGUUUGUGUCCUGAUGGGUAUGAGGGAGCACGUUGUGAGUCACAGAAGAAUUAUUGCCAGUCCAAUCCAUGCCAGCACCGUGGUGAAUGUGUAAAAUUCCUGGGCGGAUACAGGUGUCGAUGUCUGCCAGGCUAUACAGGUGUCAACUGUGAGAUUAACAUUGAUGAGUGCCGCAGUAACCCCUGUGUCCAUGGUAGUUGUAUUGACCUGGCCAACAGCUAUCAGUGUCACUGUCAGAUCCCUUGGUCUGGUACUAACUGUGACCAGAAGAUGGAUCCUUGCAGCUCUAAUCCUUGUACUAAUCAGGCUACUUGUACCAACGACCUUGACUACAACGACUUCUCAUGUAGCUGUAAGCCUGGCUACACUGGUCGUUAUUGCCAUGAAGAUGUCAAUGAGUGUAAUCACUCACCAUGUACUCAUGGCUACUGUACCAAUACCAUGGGUUCCUUCAACUGUACUUGUCAUCAGGGCUUUGAAGGGAAGUACUGUGAGAUCGACCAUGACGAUUGCUUCCCCGACCCUUGUAUGAACGGUGGCACAUGUUUUGACAAGACAAAUGAGUAUACCUGUGUGUGUCGUAAAGGCUACACUGGUACCAACUGCGAGAUCGAGAUCAACGAGUGUAAUUCCAACCCCUGUCAGAAUCAAGCUGUGUGCACUGACUAUGUAGAUUCCUAUGUCUGUUCCUGCCGGGCAGGAUUUAGUGGAGUACACUGCCAGAACAAUGACAAUGACUGUACAUCCAGUUCCUGCUUGCACGGUGGUCACUGUAUUGACGGUAUUAAUGACUACCAGUGUAUGUGUGAACUGGGAUACACUGGUUCUAACUGUCAGCAUCGUAUUAAUCCCUGUGACUCUAACCCCUGUAUGGAGGGGGGUACCUGUGACAACCAUGGCUCGGCCUUUAGGUGCUACUGCCCCUACGGACUGACAGGACCUCGCUGCGAAGCAUUCGUCGACUGGUGCACCAACAACCCUUGUAAGAAUGGAGCUACCUGCACUCAGGAGGCACAUAUGUACAUGUGCACAUGUGCCCCGGGGUGGAAUGGCCCAAGAUGUGACAUCAGCGCUGUAACUUGUCUUGCUGCAGCCAAUAUAAAAGGUGUGCCAGUUACUGAACUCUGCCAAAAUGGUGGUAUCUGUGCUAAUGUAAAUAACAGCCACAGAUGUACAUGUAAACAAGGUUACGAGGGCAGCUACUGCGAGGAUGACAUCGAUGAAUGUGCAUCAGCACCCUGUCAGAAUGGCGGUUCAUGCCAGGACAAUGUUGGCAACUACAAGUGUACCUGUCCGAAUGGCUUUAUGGGUGCAAACUGCGAGAUGAACAUCAAUGACUGUGCCAGCAAUCCUUGUGCUAAUGGUGGCAUAUGUCAUGACCUGAUUGCCGACUUCCAAUGUUCUUGUCCACGCGGCACUCGUGGUUUACUAUGUCAGUAUAAUGAGGAAGACUGUUAUGCUGGAGCUUGUCAUCACAAUGGUACCUGCGUUGACAAAGUCAGUGGCUUUGAGUGCAUUUGUCCCGCAGGAUUCGUUGGCGAGCAUUGUGAAGGUGACGUUGAUGAAUGCCAGACACAAAGACCAUGUGAUCCCAUUGGAACUUUCAGUUGUGUCCAAUUAAAUAAUGACUACCGCUGUGACUGUAACCCAGGCUACACAGGAAGACAUUGUUCUCAACCCAUGAACUUCUGCAUGCCCAAUCCCUGCCGCAAUGGUGGAACCUGCACAAAAGCACAACAUAGCUAUCAGUGUGCAUGUACUGGGGGUUACUUUGGAGAUUUAUGUGAGCUGAGUGCCUGUACUAGCUCUCCAUGCCAGAACAAUGGUAUUUGUAUACCUAGUUUUCACGGAUUUGUUUGCAUGUGUGAACAAGGGGUGACAGGUGACCGAUGUGAGAUUGAUGAAGUGGACGAAUGUGUCUCUUCACCAUGUCAGAGAGGGAACUGUAUAGACAGACCAGGCCGAUAUGAAUGUGACUGUCCUGUCCGCUACACUGGAGUCAACUGUCAUAUAUUUGACCCAGCAUCCCAAGGGGGUAUUGGAACUGACCAGAUUACAACUCCCUCUACAGAUACAGGUUCCUCCUGUCCUAUGGCAGAAUGUGCUUCCAAAGCUGGAGAUGGAAUAUGUGAUAAAGACUGUGCGAUUGUGGACUGUGAAUAUGAUGGCGGUGACUGUUCACUUGGUUUCCUGAAGUUAUGGCAAAGGUGUUCACGACCACGUAAUGGUGUAGCCUGUUACAAUGCCUACAACAAUUCCCAGUGUGACCCGGGAUGUAACAAUCCAGACUGUCUGUUUGAUGGUGGAGACUGUAAUGUGAAGGAACCUUGUAAUCCUAGCUACAAUCUUUACUGUGAGAAACACUACAAGAAUGGACACUGUGAUGCUGGAUGCAAUACCACUGCCUGUAACUGGGAUGGCGGAGAUUGUAGUCAGAAACCAAAUAUCCUCCCUGGAACCAUGGUGCUUUUUGUCAUGAAAACCCCAGAGGAAUUUUUUCAGGACUCUCCAAAGUUUCUAAGAAUUCUUGGACAACUUCUCCAGGUCAUUGUGAAAAUAAAGCUGUCAAACAAGGGAGAAAAAAUGGUAUAUCCAUGGAAACCUACCCCAGUAGCAUCAUCCCGUGCGAAGAGGUUUGCAGUAAUGCGUUCACUACGCUCUGUCCCUGAUGAUGAAUAUAUAGGGAGUGAAGUACAUUUGGAGCUAGACGGCAGUCUGUGUCAGGCCAAGAAUUGUCUCGAGUCUGUGGACACUGCAGCAGAAGUCCUAGUUGCAUCCAUACAGAAAGGCUGGACUCCUCUAGUACCAAUCCGUCGUGUUCAAGUGAAUGAUCAACCAGACGAAGUUCCUCCAAUUGAAAGUAACAGUACUAUAUACGGAGUUGUCGCGGGUGUUUCUGUGCUUGUCCUUACCUUAAUCAUCAUCGUCGUCCUGUCAAGAAAGAGAGCUUCUGGUAACACUUGGUUUCCAGAGGGAUUCUUCACAACUAGUAGCAGUACACAGAAGGACUCUACAAACUCCUCCAAACGUCGGGUUCCUGAUGGCGAAGAGGGAAAAAAUAUGAAGGGUUUGUGUGAUGGACUUGAUCAUCAUGGGUGUACUUCUCCACCCUGGGACCCCGAUGACCAAUCACCCAAAACCAAACGGGUCAAACUUGAGCAGGAAGACCCAGAGUAUGAUAGGGCAUCAGAUAUGCGUCCCUGGACCCAGCAACAUUUGACAGCUGCUAAUAUCCCUAAUGACAUGGCCUUGACUCCACCAGAGGACCAUAGUGGUGUGAAGGAUGUUGAUGUAAGAGGUCCAGAUGGCUUUACCCCACUUAUGUUAGCGUCGUUUCGCGGUGGCGGUCUGGACUCGGGUGUAGAUGAUGAUUCUAGUGGUUCAGGAUCUGGAGAGAGUGGUGAUUCAGAAGACCGAUCUGUUGAUAUUAUCACAGGUCUGCUUAUGCAAGGUGCUGCAAUCAAUGCCCAGACUGACCGCACAGGAGAGACCUCAUUACAUUUAGCAGCUAGGUAUGCAAGAGCAGAUGCUGCCAAAGUACUACUAGAUGCUGGUGCUGACCCUAAUUCAGAAGAUAGCACCGGGCGACGUCCACUUCAUGCAGCAGUCGCUGCAGAUGCUCAGGGGGUUUUCCAGAUUUUAUUACGUAACCGCUCAACCCACCUAAAUGCUAAGAUGAAUGACGGUACUACACCCAUGAUCUUGGCAGUACGUCUUGCUACGGAAGGCAUGGUAGAGGAACUUAUAAAUGCUGAGGCUGAUAUCAAUGCUUCAGAUGAGUAUGGUAAGACUGCAUUACACUGGGCUGCAGCAGUGAAUAAUGCUAAUGCUGCACAAGUGUUACUACAACAUGGUGCCAACCGGGAUGCUCAGAACAUGAAGGACGAGACUCCACUCUUCUUGGCAGCAAAGGAGGGAAGUUUUGAAACAGCCAAGAUUCUUUUGGAUCAUUUCGCAAAUCGUGAUAUCACCGAUCAUAUGGACAGACUUCCGAAAGAUAUAGCUAGUGAGCGUCUGCAUCAGGAUAUUCUUCAACUUCUUGAUGAAUACCCUGUGAACAGUCCCAAUGUAUCAAUGCAUGGUAUGCCAACCUCACCAAAUCAUCUUCAUUAUAUGCCACAGAAACAAUCCAAACCAAAGUCACGGAAAAAUAAAAAUGGCAGUCCAGGCCAUCCUAUAUCUCCAAAUGGAGUUUCUAAUGGACAUUCAAAGAAAAGUCGACCCAAAAAGAAACCAGCAAAAAGUGCUAACAGUAAUCGUGUGCCUCAUAGUAGUGAGGUUUCACCAGUUGGAACGGUGUCCCCUGGUAACUCUAUAGAGUCUCCUCAGGGGUAUGAGCGGACACCACCAUCCUAUGACAGUAUGUACGGUAAAGGGUACAACAUUGCCCUGCCCCAGGGGGUAAUGCCUGACCACAUGUUAGGGAGUGGCCAGUAUGAGCAAGCAAUGGAACAAUCAGAUGUGUUGUGGCACCAGGGCCAUAUGCAGAACCCCCAUGGGGGGCCCCUGCCCACACCACCUCACAAUCCCCAUGUGGGGCCCCUCCCGACGCCACCUCAUAAUCCUCAUAAUCCUCAUUCACUGCCACAAGCCACAUCCCCACAUAGUAUUCCCGUCUCCAUUCCCACACCACCCAACAGCAUGCAGUCCAAUGGAAGCCCUGCUCAUGACAAGAUAUCACCCAUGAAGAAAAGUUUCCCAACAUCUCCAACACACAUACAGGCUAUGCAGCAAAGAGCCCGACAGGAGCGUGCUCAUGACAGCCCACUAAGCAGGCAAAAUGAACAAUUCUCAUAUCCAAAUACAAAUGUGGUGGAGAACAUUCCAGUGACAGCACUUUAUACAGACAAUUAUGGGCAGUCGUCUGGUCAGCAUCACCAGCCCAAGUACCUAGACCAAUAUCCCACACCCCCCUCACAGCAUAGCAUGGAGUCCCCACCCCAAAUCAUCCAUGGAGCACUCCCUGAUCACUAUCUAACUCCUUCACCUGACUCUCCAGGACAGUGGUCAAGUUCUUCACCGCACUCCAUCUCCGACUGGUCAGAGGGAAUCUCAAGCCCUGACCAGCCUCUACAGAACCGGAGCAACAAGCCGGUGUAUAUCUAAAAUGCCAUAUGGUGUAGUGCUAGUGUCUCCUAAUGGUUACCGCUGAUGGUGUACUUACCUAGCCCUAACCAGUCACAACAGAACCGGAGCAACAAGCCAGUGCAUAUUUAAAAUGUGUAGCCAUAUGGUGUAGUUCUGGUGUUUCCUAAUGGUGAGGGAGUGACUGCUACUUAUGACUGCCAAAAACAUUUACUCUGACUAACAGUCUAUACAGCAGUACUCAGCAAUUAUUAAAACAGUGGUCAUUUUCUCCGUUACAUUUCUGUGGGAGAAGAUGUUGAGAUGAUUCACCUUAGGAUGUGUACUACACAAACUGAAGGAUAAGUAGUUGUGGUUUAGUGUACCUUCGGUGGAACUGGCAGCUGUACUGUUUUAAAACACUGUGUUAUAUUAGUACAGAAACAUAGUGUGUUCAUGAUGAGUGUGCUAGCAGCCCACAUCCUCAAUACUGUGGAUCCACUGCAUUUAAAUGUCUCUCUAUACAAGGGAGUCGGAACACUUAAAAUUCUGUGUCUACCCAACCCUUGGAUUUUUAUAUGGGAUGUAAUCGGGAGUCACAGGAACUCAGAACCUGUCUUCCGACUGGGAGUCGCAGGACACUAUGGGACCAUUUAUCAUCAUCAUCAUCAUCAUCAUCAUCAUCAUCAUCAUCAUCAUCAUCAUCAUCAUCAUCAUCGUCGUCAUCGUCAUCAUCAUCAUCUACAUUAUCAUCAUCACAGUCCUCUAUAGAUUUGUGUAAAGGCAGCAGUGACUGUCAGACUAAGGUGUAAUAUAUUGUUAACAGUUUAAAUGUGUCAAUGUAUCACAUUUUUUGGAUUGCAUGGUUUGGAUCAUCAUUUCCACAACUCCACUGUAAACAUUUUAGGGAUUUUAUUCAGUGAUUUGUUGGGGACUAUUUUUGGGAGGGAACAGAUGAAUUAGGAGAAAUACAAAAAAAAUUGAAAAGAAAAGCGUUUAUUAUAACACAUUUGUAUGAUUAUGUGGAAUAUUUGGAAAUAAUGAAAUUGAUGCUUUCACCCCUCCUGACCCUCCGGAAUACAGUAACAAGUUAGUGGGGUCACCAGAAGGAGAUAUGUAAUGCACAGGUAGUCUAUAAAUAGAUUUGACAAGUGUAUUCUGAUGUCCAAUCAGAUUUCUGCACUCAUUCCGCUAUUGUAGGUAAUAUAGGUGAAUAUAGUCAUGUGAUCUCAUUCAGAAAUGUUACAUCUAUUGUAUAUAAUUAUUUUUGUAAGUUUUCUACAGUCAUGUCAAGUCAUACUGGUUUACAGCCAAGCAUCGUCUCAGUAUAGCUUAUCAUGUGAACAAAUCUAGGGUGAACCAAAGACUCGUUAGAAUGGUCCUAAACAUUACUAGAUUGUUAUUGCCAAGACAAUACUAGAUUUUGUAGAACGCAUCGGUGACUCUUUUUUUUUUUUUGGUUAAUUUUUUUGUUAAGUUCUGUUUUAAGUUAUGACAAAUUUAUAUUUCUUAGACAAAGUAACGGAAAUAUACAUAUAGUUCAAUGACAGUAUAAUACCAAAUGCUAUGCCCUUGUUAAUUUGAAACAGAUUGUAAAGAAGUGCAUCAUAUAUAGUGUCAAAGUGCUAAUCAGUAAGACUACGGAUAUUCAAGGGCAGACAAUCCUGUACAGGGGGUCCUUAGUAAUUGAUGAGAUCACCUUCGGGAGAGGUUUUCUGUAUAAUGAGAUCACUUGGGACAGAAGGUUACUAGGUGGUGAGAUCAAUGAGUUUCUAGCUGACCACAGAAGCUUUAAAAGACACCAUACAGAAUCUAGGACUAACUUUUCUAUAGCAGAGAUGAACAAACUUUCAUUAUUUUAUUUCCACUGUCUCAGAACAAUGGGAACACAAAUUUACCAUAGAUAAAUCUGCAUACAAGAUGUGAGGCUUACACUAUGUAUAUUAUGGUGCUAUUUUUUCACAGCCCAUGUCCCAGACUCCAAAGUUUUCCUCAAAAACAUCGAAAUAGUGAACAAUGUAACUCAUUUUACAGAAAUCUGUUGAUAAACAAAAUGUUGAACAAAACCAACAUUUACCACGGUUUUUUUUCACUUCUUCAUUAAUAAGUGGUAAUCAUACCAGAAUGAGUGUUGGAGAUUUUAACUUUUGUAAUCUGGUAUGCUUUUGACUACACUUUGAUCAAAAAUAACUACCUAUUCCAGUUACCAUGCUGUUCUAAAACUAUAUGUUGUCAACUAAUUCCAAAGGUCAGAUUGGUGCAUUUUAUAUUAUGUGCUUUUUAAAGUAGAUUUUUUAGCAAUGAAAUAUCAAACAUUUCUUAGAUGUUCCUUCCGUGACCAAGACACUUGAAGGCUGUGACUUCUAAAGGCCAUUUUGUUAGCAGCUUUCACAUCAGUGUAAACCUGUACUCCCAUCUUUCUUAAUACCACCAAAACACAUUUUUAUAAGUAUUUUUUUAUCGUAAACUGAAUGACAUUGAUAUUGUAUUUUAAUAAAAUUCUGCAAGUUAUUUUAAAAUGCUUUUUAUAAGUUGAAGCCCACCGUUAUUUUGAUAUGGUUUAUUACUAUGACCAAUGCAUACUGAGUGGGAGAGUGAAUGGGCAUUGAGAACGUGCUUUUUAUCCCGUGACGUCAUAGCAAAUUUUAAAUGAAAUGUUUUUUUUUUAUAUAUUUUUCACUAGCAUGAAAUAUGUACUAUGAUGAAAUGAUGAAUUUCUCAAAACAAAUAAGAGAUUUUUAUGAAAUAGUAAUUGUUACAAUUAUUGACCUGUAGUUUAUGUGUGCGAAUAUGUACUGCACAGUCCUAUGUUGAUAGUGUUUAGCAAUGUGCCAUGAACAAAGCAUAUUAAACAAAUGUAUGCCAUGUGUAACUCCUGGUACCUGACAGUUCUGUCUGUCUUAACUCAGUUUGUAAGUUCUUUGUAAUAAUUUUUUAAUUUAUACAAAUACAUUGAAACAGUAGAGAGAUAAAAUCUGUAGUUAAUAAACUCUGUUUCAUAGAAAUAUUACACUCAUUUUAAAGUUUAAUUCUUUACAAAAGUAGUAAGGACAAAAUUUCCCAUCCUUGGUAAUUUUAGGAUUCAACUUACAAUGCAAGAAAUUGUUGAUAGUUUUCUGUAAUUGUGAUAAACAAAUUUGAAGUAAAAUUGGAGAUGUGUUAAAGUGAGAAUAAUUUUUAAUCCUUUCCUUAAUUGUGAUGAAAAGUUAUUGAACAAGAUUUUUAACUGAACUUUUUUGAUAAUGAAGCACAUUAAUUUUUUUUUUUCUCAUUUAGAGCUUCGCAAAUUGUAUGCAGAAGUUGUAUACGUCCUUGCCAAACAGACUGUUGUCAUGGUGAGGGUUAAUAGUGCUUUGUGGUGCAAGUGUGUACACCCUGGUUGUACCCAGAAGGCACAUCAUGGAUGGGAGGAAGUGGCAGAGUUCUCUGUCUGUUAUAUAAAGUUUGUUUUUAUUGUUAUUAUCAGUUAAAUCUUGUUGAGAGUUUUAUUACAAAAAUCUUACUCUGUAGGACAUAACAAAUUGUCUCAUGAUACCACAGCUCUACGUAAACACACCAUCUUCAAAUUACUUCUUGUUUUAGUAUUAUAUAUGGCAGUCAUUCAUUUUUUUUUCCCCCCAUUUUCAUUUUUCUGAAUAAUUUUUCAACUUAAGAUAUGAAACUUCAUACAACAAAUGGCCAGUUAAUAUGUUUCUUGAUCAUCAAAGAAUUAUUCAGGGAAAAUAUUUCAAACAAAAUUAGGAAUAAACAUUUAUAGUAACACAUUGCUUAAAGAUGUAAUUCAAAACUGAAUAUUUUUUAUAUUGUUGUCCGACAUCAUUAUCCAAAGAUUUUUAUUUCCUUUGAAAAAAUAUACAAGUAUACAUUUGAAAGAGAUCUGUGGUGUGAUGGGAUACCUGAAGCAGUGUCUGAGCUUAGGUAUGGAGCUACACCCGUUUUUUCUUGCAAUUUUUGGAAGCAAUGUAGAGCUGUACCAAAAUGUUCUCCCAAUGUAGGGCACGAGAGAUGUUUUGUAGGUGAUAUUUUGUACAGUGAUAAGUUAUUAUCCUAUGUUUGAAGCUACAGCAGUAUGUCACUUCUAUAGCUUGCCAUGGUAACCAUGUUGUUGUGGCAACCAUUGUAUAUUACAUUUAUAGACAUCACAAUUUCUUUAAGAAAACAAAAAAUAAAGAAAUUUAUGUAGA